AUGGGAUCAAACGGUGAAGAAAAGCCAAAUUUCACACCAAAGCUUCUGCAAUUACCGGCCAUAGAUUCACCUAAGCAUUCAGGAACAGAAACUCCACCACUGCAGACUCCGGUGUCUGUCCCAUUUAAGUGGGAGGAAGAACCAGGCAAGCCAAGACACUGCACUGCUCUCAUUAUCUUACCCAGUUCCAAUACAGAACCCAAAUGCUUGGAGCUUCCUCCUAGACUGUUCACGGAAUCCUACACCAAAGUCACUAAAACACCCGAUGGGCCUUAUCUGGAAAGGCCUAAGUUUUCUUCAUUCAGAUAUUUGAGUGCAAGUCCUGAGAGAGGGGAGCUUAAUGAUAUGGUUCUUGGCAAGAAAUGGCUCAAAGGAAAAGGUUUUCUUGAUUCUUUUGGACUAAGGACUCCUACAUGGAAUGCUGGAAAAAAUGAAGUUGAUGAGGGUAAUUCUGUAUUUUCAUCCUUCAGCAGCUGUGACAGUGAUGAGAGUGCAAAUACAGAGGUGAAAAUUGGCAAACUGAGAAGGAAAGAGAGCUUUUCAAGCCUCCCACAGACUAGGUCUCACUCUCCCCUGUUGGCAGCUAUAUAUGAAGGUUUGAAGCAAGUAAUGCCAUGGAGGAAUAGAAAAUCAAAGAAACAAGUUGUCAAUGUCUAA